AUGGACGUAGAACUGAAUCACAGCGACUCCAGGAAAGGAUUUGGUGAUCAUCUUGUCAAGGAGUUCCCACCCUGGGCUGUGGGCAAAUCACUUCUCUACGCCACCAUCUUUGGGAAUGUGACGACCAUUUUCCAACAGAUGUAUGCCAACACCAACAGAUACCAUGAGAUGCUCAACAGCGUUCGGGACUUCCUGAAGCUCUACCAGGUGCCAAAAGGACUGAGUGAGCGAGUCAUGGAUUAUAUCGUGUCCACCUGGUCCAUGUCCAGAGGCAUUGACACAGAGAAGGUCCUACAGAUCUGCCCCAAGGACAUGAGAGCCGACAUCUGCGUGCACCUGAACCGUAAGGUGUUCAAGGAGCACCCAGCCUUCCGGCUGGCCAGUGAUGGCUGCCUCCGGGCCCUGGCCAUGGAGUUCCAGACGGUGCACUGCGCCCCAGGAGACCUCAUCUACCAUGCAGGAGAGAGCGUUGACAGCCUCUGCUUCGUGGUCUCUGGCUCCCUGGAGGUGAUCCAAGAUGAUGAAGUGGUGGCCAUCCUAGGAAAAGGAGACGUGUUUGGAGAUGUGUUCUGGAAGGAAGCCACCCUUGCCCAGUCCUGUGCCAACGUUAGGGCCUUGACCUACUGUGAUCUGCACGUGAUCAAGCGGGAUGCCCUGCAGAAAGUGCUGGAAUUCUACACCGCCUUCUCCCAUUCCUUCUCCCGGAACCUGAUUCUGACCUACAACUUGAGAAAGAGGAUUGUGUUCCGGAAGAUCAGCGAUGUGAAGCGUGAAGAGGAAGAGCGCAUGAAACGGAAGAAUGAGGCCCCCCUGAUCUUGCCCCCAGACCACCCUGUCCGGCGCCUCUUCCAGAGGUUCCGACAGCAGAAAGAGGCCAGGCUGGCGGCUGAGAGAGGGGGCCGGGACCUGGAUGACCUGGAUGUGGAGAAGGGCAAUGUCCUCACAGAGCACGCCUCUGCCAACCACAGCCUCGUGAAGGCCAGCGUGGUCACCGUGCGUGAGAGUCCUGCCACGCCCGUGUCCUUCCAGGCAGCCUCCACCUCCGGGGUGCCAGACCACGCAAAGCUGCAUGCGCCGGGGUCCGAGUGCCUGGGCCCCAAGGGAGGCGGGGGCGACUGUGCCAAACGCAAAGGCUGGGCCCGCUUCAAAGAUGCUUGCGGGAAGGGCGAGGACUGGAACAAGGUGUCCAAGGCCGAGUCGAUGGAGACGCUUCCCGAGAGGACAAAAGCGUCAGGCGAGGCCACGCUGAAGAAGACAGACUCGUGUGACAGUGGCAUCACCAAGAGCGACUUGCGCCUGGACAACGUGGGUGAGGCCAGGAGCCCCCAGGAUCGGAGUCCCAUCCUGGCGGAGGUCAAGCAUUCUUUCUACCCCAUCCCUGAGCAGACACUGCAGGCCACGGUCCUGGAGGUAAGGCACGAGCUGAAGGAGGACAUCAAGGCCCUGAACGCCAAAAUGACCAAUAUUGAGAAACAGCUCUCCGAGAUACUCAGGAUAUUAACCUCCAGAAGAUCCUCUCAGUCGCCUCAGGAGCUGUUUGAAAUAUCGAGGCCACAGUCCCCAGAAUCAGAGAGAGACAUUUUUGGAGCCAGCUGAGAGGUGUAUUACAAAAAAAUAAAAAUAAAAAAGUCAAACACCUCCACCCCUGCCGUCACCACCACCCCGAACACACAUGUCCACGUGACCAACACUUCAAGUCGACUUUUCCUGACAGAAAACGUGGGGCAGAACACAAAAACAGCAAGGGUAGUGUGCCCUACCCUGCAAGGUGGCAGCUGCAUCUGAACCGUCUUUGCACAAUUUUGGAAGAAGGGACAUGCUGUCUAAAGGGUAUCUUCCUUCAUUUUUAAUUUUUUACUACCAUGAUAUUUGUAAAAGUUUAAAACGACCAAAACAGAGCAGCAGCCACCUGGGGACUGGUGGGAAAGUGCGGAGAACCUCUCGUGUAUAUACCAUGCUGGGCUCCUUUGCCAAGCCCGCCCCCAGCCCCACCACAGACUGCAAUGGGCCAGGGACUUCCCGGCAUUCCCGUCCUUGCACAGCCCGUGUCUGACAUCACCGUGUUUUCCUGUAGUUGCCAUUUGUCACUAGCUCGGGACCAGGGGAGCUUGAGGGACAGGAGGGUAGAGCCUGGAAACUUUGUCUCAUGAUUAAGGCCAGAAAAGCAGCUGCAGGGGUGGCACAUGCCUUCUAUAGACACUUGGAGCCGGGAAUCCUCAGGUCUCCUUUCCCCAGGGAGGUGAGGCAAGGGUGAGAGCUGGAGAGGGGCCCUCAGGAUCCAGGGGUUCUCUGUGCUGCGGCCCACAGCCUGCUCCUCUGGGACAGUGGGCAGGGAGGGCUCCAGAGUCCCCAGCUGAGCCUCUGGCCCUGCUGCAUGCCGCUGGCCUCACACACAGGCUCCCUUGCUUCUGUUCCUUCUCGGCCCCUUCCCAAGUGUUCCUGUGGCAUUCCUCAGGGUAUGGAGCAUCGGCAGGAAGGGUCAUGAGCCCAGAGUUGCUUUAUUAGCACAGCAGACACAUAGACACACACAACCUCAGAACUGUAGCAAGUGCUGUGUUUAUACUUUGAUUCUCAUCGGGAUUGCCCUUCAGACCUUUGUAUUUUGUUCACUGCAUGGGGUCAUUAUAGGCACUUGGGAGCCAUGCUGGGCCUUAGUUUAAAGCCAGCCUCUCUCCUACUAACGUCAGUUGGAUUUGAAGAGAAAAUGGACAAUGAUUGUAGGAUCAUGGUUGUACUCUUUUCAGGAGCUGGAAAGAAAACAAAGCAGUGAGUUUCUGGCUACCUCUGUAAGGUGAUGCAGAGACGUGGCCUUGGAGCUGUGAGCCACAGGGAAGGUCUGAGCUCACAGCGAUAGUCAUGGAGCUGCGUAUGGGCCAUCCGAGUCCCUAGGCCACGAUGCUCAAGGACACUCCACUGCCUCGUAGUCACCUGAGUCAGGUUAUUGCUGUGCUUAGGCUUCUCUCAGUGGCAUCUGAGAAAGGAAAGGGGAACAGUCUCUUCCAGGCACAGUGAAACUGGCCUGGACAUGUAUCCUAGACAGAGGUGCCAGGACUCCAAAUGUUGACAAGCAAGGUUAGAAGUUCAGCUCUGAAAGUCAGGUUGGAGGGAGUGGAAUUAGGAGUGCAGCUGACAACAUGGACUUACCAAAGGGGCUUACCUUUGCCUGUGUUAGAAGGUGACCUCAUCCCUGGCACCUAUGCCCUACCAAAGAUACUCAGUGUUUCUGAGAGCCUCUGGUCCGAGCCUGUCCACCACACCUCCUUAGUCCUGCCAGUGCUCAUGGUGAGUCCCAGGCUUGGCCCUCAAUUGUGCAAGGCAGGGCUGACCUCUGGUUCACAGGGUUGGCUCUGGGAAGCCAGGGCCUGGCAGCUCCGGGGGGAGUCCUGCUCCAUGCGCCCUAACCUCACAUGUAGCUUCUCACACGAAGCUUCCAGGGGCUGCCCCUGACUUCUCCAGGCUGCGACAUAGUUCAAUUUGGCCUCAGAUGGCAGCAUGCAGAGAAGAGGAAGUCUAAUUUCCCAAGGCUGAGUUGCAAGGGUUGGUGACUCCAGAUAAAGCCAGGAGGCCUUCAGCCUCUUUCACUUGAGAAGCUGCCGCCCAGUCUUUCGGUAAGAGGCUGUAAAACAUCUGGAAUCCCAUCUGUUGGCUGCCACCUAACAUUCUAGUUUGCCAUUGCUUGAGGAUGUUCCUCAAUUUGCUUUUGAAGUUGAGAACCACCACGUUUAAGGCAGGGCAGGCCUCUAAUCACCCCAAAACCCAGCCUCAGAAGCACCUGCCCCUGGAGACUUGUUGCCUCCAAGCUCUCCAUGGACUUGAUGAAAGGCUUCUUGUCCAGAACCCCACAGCCCGAUGUCAAGAGGCCCUGCCACUUCCCUCCAGCUCUGCCGGAGGCAGAUGGAUGUCCAUGAAAUCUCUCAGACCUCUGGGUAUGAGGGACAAAGAUGCUGUAAGGCUUUGAGGUCCAGACAUGUUUUGGGGGGAAGCAUAGCUUCAGAAAUACACUCCUGAAUCAAUGGAAACUGGGCUUAUGACUGGAAGCUGGCUCCUGCGGCAGCAAUCUGCUCAUCUUAGGGUCACAGGUGCAUGUGAGGGUGCAUGGGCUUCAUUCUCUCAUCCUCCCUAGGAUUUGAGGGAUUUUUUUUUUUUUUGCUGUAAUUGUUUUCUCUGAAAAAAACAUGGUGUAAAUGAGCCAAACCUUUCUCCCUUCCUUUCCGGGCCAUGCACUUGGCCGCAGGCUGCUUUGUGCUGACUGCCUUCCCAUGCCAGGAUGCCACUCUGGGUUCCUGAGCCAGGACCAUGUGCUUCAGACACCACUGACCUGACCCUUCCAGUAUGAACCAUUAUCUGGUGGCUGAAGAGAGAUUAGGGAAACAAAAAGUUAGUAGGUAUGGGACAGAACAUUUAGACUUCGGAAAAAGUAUGCCAAGAGAGAACAGAUUUGCCCAGGAUAUGCUUUUCCUUUUUGAGGAGAGGGGGCAUGGUAUGUGGCACCAUUGUCCAGUAAGUGCUAGUUUUUAAUCUCUACGAAAUUAUUUUCUUUAAAUGUCAUUCAUAUUGAAGCUCCAUUUCCCAGAGAAUAUCCUGACAUGCUGCUUUGAAGUAGGGAGGUCCUGUCCCUGUCACUUGGCUGCUGGCUGAACAUUCUCUCCCUCGCUGAUGGAAGGGUGGGUGAGGGUUGACUCUAAGAAUGAAGGGAGUCAACGAGAUGGUUUGUUUGUUCUUGGAGCAGGGCAGUGACUCCAGCAGUGGGCGCUGCCAUCCCAUAUACUUACAAAGGGCUCCUCCACUGGACAUGACAAGAUAGCCAAAGGACAGAGACAAAGGGGACCAUUUAGUUAAGAAACCAAAUUGUCUAGUAUACAAUUAAUGCAACUAAUUGCAUUAAUUAAUGCAAUGCUACAUUAUGCUAAUAAGGUUAUAACAUUAAUGCUACAGGAUGGCCCAAGUGUUUAAAAAGCUGAGCCCCUUUAGCAGCCUUCCAGCAAACUUUUGGAAAUUCAUUUCUUACUUGAUUUUUUCUCGUGAUCCAGUUCCAGGGGCCUGUUUUACCCUCAGCCUCAAUCCAGUGUGCUGCUGUUGGCCAAACAUCAGCCCCUUUCCUGGCAUCCUCCUCUUUCAAAAGUGUGGAGAGCUGGACAGAGGUAAAAAUGUACUAUCACCCCAUCCCAUCCAGCAAGCUUCCUCUCCAAAUCCUUAGAUGGAAGGUAGAGGUAUUAUGCCAACUGUCGAGCUCUCUGUCCAGGCCCUCAGGACUAAGUGAAUGCUUUAGGAAUACUAGGUGGAGGAAGAUCCCCAUUUCUCCUUAUUGCACUGACCACUAUGUCUCACAUGCAUACUCUGGGAAAUUUAAGAGCCCUGGUGGAGCUACACAUUGCUGAUGUGCAUUUGAUUAAUAGAUUGUACUAUGUCUUGCAAUAAAGACGUUUAGCCUUAAGACCCUUGAAUGGAACUCCAGCUGUGAUAGAGCUGCCAAUGCCCCUUCCUCUCUCCUCCCUUAUCACCUACUGUUGCUUAAAGAGGAGGCCACUGAGGGCACACUUGAAGCCCCAGACAGCCCCCCUGUUGCUAAAUCAUUGUUAUUGCUCUAUAUACUGCCUUCUCUCGCUUCAAUGAAAAUUACCUUCACCAGCUCCCGUGCCCUCCACCUGGAGGAGACUUCACGAUCCUCUCAGCACUGACUGCAAACAUCAGAGAAAAAACCAUUUUCUCACCAAAGGUGUUUAUGUUGGGAAGUUUUAAUUUCCACCCCUACAGUUCAAAAGAAUCAAUGUGAAUUUAUCUGCAGCUUAAAUUACUUUCAAGUGAAACUUCCUUCUCAUGAGAGCAUAUCAGACUUAUUCUGGAACCUCUAGAACUGGACUUGAAUACCCUGCAGGUGCCAGACCGGUGGGUGCCACCCUGCCUGCCAUUACACUUUUCUUACAGCCAUUGUCUCUUUAUCUGUGACUUCUGAAUCAUCCAACGGACCCAUUAGUUGUUCAAUGAGAAGUUCACAGAUCUUGUAUCAGGAUAUAAACUGGUCUUACGUUAAGAAGGAUGCACCCUCCCCUAAUGAAUGUAUUCUCUUAAUAUUCUGAUGCUGUGUUUGUGCAUCAGUUGGAGACUGCCCACAUCCAGCAUUUCCCCGACACCUCAAGGACGCUUCUACUCAUGAGCAGUUCGUCAUUCUGGGGCUUCUCCUUAUAUGAAAACUCUCUCGAUUGAAUCCUGCCAAAUCCUUUACUGGGUUUUUCUUUUUCCUUUGCAUCUGUCACUUUGUCCAAAUGAGCAUGAAUAAACAAAAGUGUAAAUGAGCUGAUACUAUUUUUGUGGUCAGCUGAGAAUGCUGCCAAGAACACCACUGUAUAGCUGUGGCUUGAGAAACGUGCAGGCCCCUCCAUUGAUGAUAUUCCCUUCUCAACAUUUUUAAACAAGCACAAAUGAUAUUUGUAAAAAAAAAAAAAAAGUUUUAUUUAUUAUGGUAAUAAACUAUUUUAUACAUG